AUGUCUCUCAUGAUCACUUCUCCUAACGUUUUUCCUUCUCCCAACUACAAAUUCGAUGUCUUCGCAAGCUUCCACGGGCCUGACGUCCGUAAAACACUUCUUAGUCACAUGCGCAAACAGUUUGAUUUCAAUGGGAUCGCUAUGUUCGAUGAUCAAGGGAUUGAGAGAAGUAAAGAGAUCGCCCCUUCACUCAAAAAGGCUAUCAAAGAAUCGAGGAUCUCGAUCUUGAUUCUCUCCAAGCAAUAUGCAUCGUCAAGCUGGUGUUUGGAUGAAUUGGUGGAGAUUUUGAACUGCAAGAAGGCCUUUGAACAGAUAGUGAUGACCAUAUUCUACGGAGUUGAGCCAUCUCAUGUACGGAACCAAACUGGGGACUUCGGGAUCACAUUCAAUGAAACUUGUGCACGUAGGACAGACGAGGAAAGGCAGAAAUGGAGCAAAGCUUUGAAACAAGCUGGCAACAUUGCUGGAGAAGAUUUCUUAAGAUGGGACAAUGAAGCAAAAAUGAUAGACAAGAUCGCGAGAGAUGUUUCCGAUAAAUUGAAUGCUACACCAUCUAAGGAUUUUGAUGGCAUGGUGGGACUUGAAUCUCACUUGAGAGAAAUGGAGUCUUUACUAGAUUUAGAUAAUGAUGAAGUUAAGAUGGUUGCAAUUAUUGGUCCUGCAGGGAUUGGUAAGACAACCAUUGCCCGAGCUUUACAAAGCCGACUCUCUAAUCGGUUUCAACUUAGUUGUUUUAUGGAUAAUAUUAAAGGAAGCUGUCAUAGUGGUCUAUAUGAGUUGCGUUUACAAGAACAAUUUCUUUCAAAGGUUUUGAACCAGGAUGGUAUUAGGAUAUGCCAUUCAGGUGUGAUAGAAGAAAGGUUACGCAAGCAAAGAGUGCUCAUUAUUCUUGAUGAUGUCAAUCAUAUAAAGCAAUUAGAGGCGUUGGCGAAUGAAACUACAUGGUUCGGUUCUGGAAGUAGAAUUGUUGUUACUACAGAAAACAAAGAGAUUUUACAGCAACAUGGUAUCAACAAUACGUACCGUGUAGGAUUUCCAUCUGAUGAAGAAGCGGUCAAGAUAUUAUGUGGAUAUGCUUUUAGAAAAAAAUCUCUCCAUCAUGGUUUUGAAGGGCGUUUACAUAAAGUAGCAAAGCUUUGUGGAAAGCUUCCGUUAGGUCUUUGUGUCAUCGGUUCAUCUUUAUGCGGGAAGAAGGAAGACGAAUGGGAAGAUGUGAUGAGAAGGCUUGAAACUAUUCUUGAUCGAGAUAUCGAUGACGUACUGAGAGUUGGCUAUGAAAGUUUAGAUGAGAAUGAGCAAACACUAUUUCUCCACAUUGCAGUCUUCUUCAACAAUAGAGAUUAUGGCAUUGUGAAAACCAUGUUCGCCGACAGUGAACUGGAUGUCAUACACGGGUUGAAAAUCUUGGAAAACAGAUCUCUCAUAGAGAUAACUACAGAUGGGAAAGGAAUAGAGAUGCACAGAUUACUACAACAAAUGGGUAAAAAAAGCAUUCAGAAACAAGAGCCUUGGAAACGACAAAUCUUAUUGGAUACUCGAGAGAUUUGUGAUGUUCUUGAGCAUGCCAACGGUACCAGGAAUGUUGCUGGUAUAUCAUUUGAUAUAUCAGGAAUUGAAGAACUGUCUAUAAGCAAGAAAGCUUUUAAAAGAAUGCCUAAUCUUCGAUUCCUAAGAGUCUACAAAAGCACAAUUGAUGAAAAUGAUAGAAUGCAUAUACAUGAGGAGGUGGAGUUUCCGCGUAGUCUAAGAUUACUAGAUUGGUGUACAUACCCAAGCAAGAGUCUUCCUCCAACAUUUAAUCCAACAUAUCUUGUUGACCUCUCCAUUAAAGAUAGCAAGGUCGAGAAGUUAUGGAAAGGAGCCCAGCCGCUAAAAAAUCUCAAGAAAAUGGAUUUGUAUGGGUCCAAGAAUUUGAAGGAUCUCCCAGAUCUUACGCAUGCUACAAAUCUCGAGGAGAUAACGUUGACUGGCUGCGAGAGUUUGGUAGAGUUACCAUCCUCUUUUUCGUAUCUUCAUAAGUUACAUAAGUUGUGGGCGCUCGACUGCAUAAACCUACAAGUCAUUCCAGCUCAUAUGAACUUGGCAUCUCUAGAAUGGGUCUAUAUGACUGGAUGCUCAAAAUUGAAAAAUAUUCCAGUUAUUUCAAUGAACAUGGAACAACUCUGUAUAUCAGGGACAACGGUUGAAGGCGUGCCCCCAUCAAUUAGGUUUUGCUCUCGUCUCAAGACCCUCUCUAUGAGCGGACGUGGAACGCUCAAGGGAGUAACACAUCUCCCCCCUAGUUUAACAAACAUAGACCUAAGCAAUUCUGAUAUUGAAAGGAUACCAGAUUGCAUCAGAGAUCUUCCUUCCCUACACUAUAUUUUUCUACAUGGUUGCAGAAGACUUGCAUCAUUGCCGGAACUCCCUAGUUCGUUGUUCUAUCUAUUUGCAGAUGACUGUGAAUCACUGGAGACUGUAUUUACCCCUGUCAACACUCCUCAAGCGCACCUCAAUUUCUCAAACUGCUUUAAAUUGUGCCAACAAGCACGAAGAGCUAUUAUCCAAAGACCGUUUCGUCAUGGCUUGGCGCUCUUACCAGGAAGCAAAAUGCCUGCAGAGUUCAAUCGACGAGGCAAAGGAAAUGUAUUGACCAUUCGUCCGGACGGUGGCCACCCUUACACCGACUUUGCAGUGUGCGUAGUAAUUCACCGUAGCCACAAACCUGUGUAUGAUAUGUCCUCACUAGUAUGUCGUCGAGAAGGUCAAGGGGACAUAGACCCUGAUUUGUCAGAUAUGAUCUACAUAGGCCGUGUCUUCAACUUUCAAACGGAACAUCUACUCAUAUUUCACUCUCGAUGGCUAUCUAUCGAACCUUCAGAAAUGAACAAAGAGAUCGUGUUUGAAUUCAGUAGCGAACACCAAGAAUUUGACGUUAUUGAGUGUAGUGCCAAGAUGUUGAAAAGUGAUUCAAUGCUUGGUCAAAGAAGAAUAAAUGUGAGAGUUUAAGUAUUUGUCAGUUAUGUUUGUAGUAUUAAUUUGGGGGUUUCAAAUUAUGUUUAAUGUAGGACAAUAAUGAGUACAUGAGGUAAUGGGAGUAAGUUACAUUUCUAGAUUUCUAUAUAAGUGAUGUAAUCUCAUUGUGAAAAAAAUGAACAAGAGAGAACUAGAGAACCAGAGA